ACUUACAAUUUGGAAGAUGGAAUGGUCCCAGAGACCAACAUGCCAGUUCGCUUCUACUUGACUCCCAAUCGAGAAGAUGGUUCGUCCUCCAUCUUGGUGGCAGAGCCCCUGGACUAUGAGGUCACCAGGAACUUUAUUUUAAGGGUUCGAGCUCAAAAUGUGGCAGCUGUACCAUUAGCUGCCUUCACCACAGUCUAUGUCAAUGUCACAGAUGUUAAUGACAACGUUCCAUUCUUCACUUCCUCCAUCUAUGAGGCUUCAGUCACUGAGGGAGCAGAGUCAGGGACUUUGGUUUUCCAGGUAUCAGCCAAUGAUCUUGACCUGGGCCUUAAUGGCAAGAUCUCUUACUCGUUGCUGGAGGAUCGCAGUGGGGAUCAUCAGUAUUUCCGGAUUGAUUCAGAGCUGGGCUUUAUCUACUCUCAAGCUGUGUUUGAUAGAGAGACCAAAAGCUCAUACCUUUUGGAGGUUCAGUCUGUGGAUAGCUGGGAGUCAGCACGACCUGGAAAGCAUGGACAACCCAACUCUGACACAGCAUAUGUUCGUGUUUUCAUCAGCGACGUGAACGAUAACAAGCCUGUGUUUGCACAGGCAUCUUAUGAAGUUGAUGUGGAUGAGGACGCUGACGUGGGUUUUGCUAUUCUCACAGUUAGUGCCAAUGAUGGGGAUGAAGGUGGAAAUGCUAAGCUGCGUUACCAGAUCACUUCAGGAAACACAGGAGGCGUGUUUGAUGUGGAACCAGAGGUGGGAGCAAUCUUCAUCGCUCAGCCUCUGGACUACGAACAGAACAAAAGAUACAAACUUCAUGUCCUGGCUUCGGACGGGAAGUGGGAAGAUUACACAACAGUGACGGUGAACGUGGUGAACAAGAAUGAUGAGGCUCCCGUGUUUACUGUGAACGAGUACUACGGCAGCGUGACUGAGGAACUGGAUGGUUCACCAGUUUUUGUCUUGCAGGUAACAGCCUCCGACCCAGAUAAGGAUGCGGACCAGGAGGCCCUGCGGUACUCCCUCCAUGGCCAGGGUGCUGAGAGUGAAUUCAUAAUAGAUGAGGUCACAGGCAAGAUCUACGCUCAGAGGACGCUGGACCGCGAGGAACGCGCUGUUUGGCGUUUUGUUGUUUUGGCAACAGAUGAGGGGGGUGAAGGUCUGACGGGCUUCACUGACGUUAUCAUCAAUGUGUGGGACAUCAAUGACAACGCUCCAAUAUUCCCUUGCCCCCUCAGCUGCCACGGAGAUGUAUCAGAGAACUCUGUAAUCGGGACAUCCGUUAUGGAGAUGACUGCAACCGACUUGGAUGAUUCGGCUGUGGGGCAGAAUGCUGUGCUGUCCUACAGGAUUGUGGGCAUUUUAGAUGUCACAAACUCCAAACAGGGAGGAGUGCCCGCCUUCUCAGAUAUGUUCUCCAUCAACCCCACCACAGGAACCAUUACGGUAGGCUUAGGAGGUCUAGACAGGGAGCAGAUUGAGUCCUACCUCCUCGUUGUGGAGGCCAGAGAUGGAGGAGGGAUGACAGGAACUGGAACUGCAACCAUUCAGGUUAAGGAUGUAAAUGACCAUGCUCCAAGAUUCAUUGAUCAUUCCUGUCAGGCAAGGAUUUCUGAAAAUGCAGAACCCAAUGCAGAGGUCCUGCAGCUCGCUGCGGAGGACAGAGACACUGGAGAAAAUGCUCAGCUGACCUUCAGUGUUGUGGCCGGAGAUCAAGAGCAGAAGUUCUACAUGGUCAGUCACAAGCAGGAGCAGCAUGGAGUUUUGAGGCUGAAGAAACGCUUGGACUACGAACGACACAGCGAACAGAAGUUCAACCUUACACUGAAGGUGGAGGACCUGGACUUCUCAAGUUUUCUGCACUGCAUGGUCGAGGUGGAGGACUAUAAUGAUCACGCUCCCGUCUUCAUUCCACACUUUCUGUCCCUGGCUCCACUACCUGAGGACAUCAGUGUGGGAACCAGCGUGGCUCGUCUGGUGGCCAGUGACUCAGACUCAGGCCAGAACCGCGACAUAACCUACAGCCUGUCAGAGGACUCGGACACUGAGGGUCUGUUCACUAUUGACCAGUCUGGUGUACUCUCUGUGGCCCGGCCACUGGAUCGAGAAAAAACAGCCCAACAUCAGUUGGUUGUCAUAGCAACAGAUCAUGGGAUCCCUGCUCUAACAGGCAGUGCCACAGUUCAGCUGCCUCUGUUGGAUGUUAAUGAUAAUGGUCCGGAGUUUGAGGCUGCCUACUCUCCUGUAGUCUUUGAGAAUGUGGCAGGUCCACAGGUAGUGAGGUUGAACCAAACCUCCACCCUCCUCCGAGCCAUGGACCGGGACUCUCCUGAGAAUGGGCUGCCCUUUCACUUCACUGUCCCACCCGAGUACCGCUACAGCAAUGAGUUUUACCUCCAGGACAAUUUGAACGGCUCUGCAACCCUAACAGCUCUGAGGACGUUUGACCGCGAGCGCCAGAAAGAGUUUCUCCUUCCUAUCGUAAUGAGUGACAGUGGUCAUCCAGCCAAAACAGUGACCAACACACUGACUGUGACCAUUGGUGACCAAAAUGAUCACGCUCAUGUAGCGGGAGAGAAGCACAUAUCUAUCAACAGCCACAGAGGCCGUAUGCCAACAACAGUGCUCGGAAAGGUCUAUGCUCCUGACCCUGAUGACUGGGAUAAUAAGACCUAUGUCUUUGAGGGACACAUGCCAAGUUAUUUCAUCCUGAACAAGCGCACAGGGUUCCUUAUCAUCAAGGAGAACACGCCACCUGGCACCUACCAGUUCCAAGUCCGUGUGUCUGAUGGAAUUUGGCCAGAUGCCAUCUCCACUGUUACCGUGCAUGUAAGAGAGCUGCGAGAUGAUGCCAUCUACAACUCGGCAUCCCUUCGCCUGGCAGACAUCACUGCAAAGGAGUUCAUGGAACUUAGAGGAAAGCAGCGGAGCCGUUACGAGCUGUUGGUGGACUUCUUGUCUGAGAUGCUCUCUGUUCCACCUGAUGAAGUUAACAUCUUCAGCCUAAUGGAUGUGAAGGAGCGAAUGCUUGACGUUCGCUUUGCUGUGAACGGUGGCCUGUCCUUUCUCCAGCCUGAAAAAAUGCAUGGUUAUCUAGCAGCCCACAAACAAAAGCUCCAAUCUUUCCUGCAGGUCAGCGUGUUUCAGAUCCGGUCAGACGAGUGUCCUGGCUCGGAGUGCGCCGGCACAGGAGGCUGCACCAGUGUUUUGAAUAUACGGGACGCACCCACAGUGGUGGACAGUGGCACAAUGAGCCUGGUUUCUGUGAUGAUGGAGUCCAAAGCUGUGUGCUCCUGCCCAGGACGGGAGCAGUCCCAUCAGCCCUGUGCCUCAUAUCCCAGGAGCCCUUGCUUCAAUGGAGGGGUGUGUGUAGACACUCAGCAUGGCUACAGGUGCCAGUGCCCUGCUCAGUUUGAGGGACCUGAAUGCCAGCAGAACAAGCACAGUUUCCAUGGCAAUGGUUAUGCCUGGUUUCCUCCUAUGAUGCCUUGUUUUGAGAGCCAUGUGUCGUUGGAGUUUAUCACGGACGUGGCUGAUGGACUGCUGCUGUACAGCGGCCCACUUGCACAGCUGCAAGCCUGGGACCAAGAGGACUUCAUGGCCAUAGAGUUAAUAGAUGGGACCCCCACCCUUAAAGUCAACCAUGGGUCCGGCACGCUUGUGCUACAGCUGCCAGGGAACAUCAACGGGGCAGACAGGCGAUGGCAUCGACUGGAUGUCCGUAGCAACAGCAAGGAAGUGCGGUUCACCCUGGAUCGAUGCUCAGGGGCUACAGUAAUGGAAAGGGAGGGUCUGGGCAGCUGGUUGACCACUGAGGAUCACUCCUCCUGUGAAGUGAUGGGUGUUACACCCAACACUGACAGACACUUAAACAUGAGUCAAGUGCUGCAGCUUGGAGGUGUGAACGAGGACAUUCCCUACAUUUAUCCUCAGCUUCAGCACAAACACUUCACCGGCUGCAUCCGGAACCUCAUUGUGGACAGCAAGCUGUAUGAUUUAGGCUCUCCAGCUGACUGGCAGUCCAGUUCUCCAGGCUGUCUCACCACUGAUAGCAGCUGUGUCAACAUGGGGUAUCCGUCCUGUGGCAAUCGAGGUCGCUGUCAUGGUGAGUGGGGUUCCUUCAGCUGCCAGUGUGUGGCUGGAUACACAGGACACCAGUGUGAAGAAGAGGUCCCAGAAUAUUCCUUUGAUGGGCACAGCCAUGUGCAUUACCAGCUGCCGUCCGUGCUGCCUCCCCGAAGAACAUGGAUCCAAGUGCUCAUUCGAACCCGUAAACACAGCAGCGUCAUUGUCAGUCUGGUGUCAAGGGACCAGAGUGAAUACCUGCGACUAGAGAUCUUUCAGGGCCUUCUUUGCGUUUUCUACAACCUCGGUGACGGUGGCUACAACCUAACUCUGCCUAGCUAUCGCCUUGACAACGGCGAGUGGCAUGAGGUGUUUUUGGAUAGACAUGACAAUGAGAUUACGUUACGGCUGGAUGGUGGUGGAGGAAAGCGGGAGGUGAAAGGAUCACAGGGCAGAAGCCGGCAAAUCAUCAUCGACGCCACUGCUGUGAUGUUAGGAAACUCCUUCCCUUUUGAUAUCAACAAGAGCUUUCAAGGCUGCAUGAGGGAUUUACGCCUCAAUGGUCAUUACAUGCCGCUGGACAGCCAACCACGGGACGGGGUUUCCCAGGUCAGCGUGCAAGGUCUCUCAGUUGGAUGCUCAUCUGACUCCUGCAAAAAGAACCACUGUAAACCCCCCUUUACCUGUGUGGACUUGUGGAGAGUGCAUGAAUGCAGGUGUCCUCCCGGUCACAUGAUCCGUGUGAAUGGCACCAAAAAGUCCUGUGUGUACACCCUUUGUGCUACGCGUCCUUGUCACCGGGGGACCUGCGUGGCACAGUCACCCUCUAUGUUCACCUGCCACUGUCCAGAGGGCUACAGAGGGCGCCACUGUGAGACAACAUUAGCAAUAUAUAGAGAGGAUAUGGGCCUGAGCUUUAGCUCGCUCUUUGCCAUCUGUAUCUGCUUCAUGGCGUUGCUGGUGCUGCUGCUGGGCAUUUUCCUCUACACCCGCUGGCGUACCUACAAAGGUCUCAAAGAGGGCGUGUACCACGUCUCGGCACAUCACGAUGGCUGGGAGGACAUUCGAGAGAACGUGCUUAACUAUGACGAGGAAGGAGGAGGGGAGGAGGACCAGAACGCCUACGACAUGGCAGAGCUGCAGAAGUCUCUCCAGCCCAGCCCAGCCCAGUCGGUCCAGUACUGCCGCUCCAGGGCCCUGCACCACCCACCCCCUCCCCAUCAUCACCAUCAUCACCUCCUCCACCAGGCUCCACCCACCCAACCAUCUGCCCAGCCUUUGGAUCCCCUCAGCCGGACAUGCAGCUCCACAACCCUGCCACCUUCCGCCACCUCCACAGCCACCACCACCAGCCUUCGUAGAGACGUCCCCCCCACCAGACCUCCUGCACAGGGCCAGACACGUCCUUCCCAGUUGGCGCGACGCUCCCUCUCCUUCUCCAGCCAGGACCUGGCUCGCUACCUGUGUGAGAUCAUCCGUGACGCCGACCAGCACCCGGAAACAGGGCCCUUCGACUCCCUCCAGGUGUUCUCCACCGAAGGAGGGGGGUCACCUGCUGGCUCUCUCAGCUCCUUCAGUUCAGCAGGGCUGGACGGAGGGAGCACAGGGGAGGGAGGUGGAGAGGCGAGGAGGGAGGAGACUCUGGGGGACUGGGGGCCUCGCUUUGAGAAACUGAGAGCUCUGUAUGAGCGAGCUGAGGCUAGUGACCUCUGAGCUCAGAUACUGAAAGUGAUGGGACGCCGAUACCAGGCCGCCUUAAAAAAAUCAAUUAGAUGGUUAGCAGUGAGGAUACAGAGAGUGAGUGAAUGACAGAGUCUCCCUUUGGUCCAUCAAAGCGGUGGCCUAACAGACAAAUAUUGCUGUGCACUGAGUGUUGCACUGCCUCGGACCUGGGAGGACUGUUUUACAGGAACAGACAUUUUCAACAGGUGAGAUUAAAGGCUUGUGAACAUCUCAGGCUGAGUUCCUGAACAUGAUGAAGUUCACUGUCAACAGAAUUAUUGAAUCAGACUGUGAAAUUCAGAACUCAAGUCCUUUUAGGCAGUUUUUAGUUCAAAUCAGCACCAGUGAAAAUGUAUUUUGUAUCAUGUUGCUGCUGAAUGAGACCUGUGUAAAUAAGAGACAUGCAUUGUACACUGCAAUGACACACCAUCAGUUAUUGGGCUCAUACAGAGCUGGCAAGAAAUCUUUUUGAGUGUGUUCUUUUUAAUAUGAUGUUCUGCUGCCUGGCUCUGCACAGUUUUUGAAGUUUCUAAGAGACUAAUUGUAUGAGGGCAAGAAAUAGACUAUGAGACCAGGAAUGUUUUUCCACUGGAACUCAUUUUCCCGGAACCUUCUCAUUUAACCUGGCCUUUGCUUGCAUGCAUUUUCACCAUGGGGCCCAAACAGUGCCUUUCACGUAUAUUACAUCUGCAGUUUAACUGAGCUGGAACUCCACCUACUGCAGGAGUUUUGACCAAUGUCUUACUCAGUCAAAGAGUGUAAGAGAGAGUCUCCUGUAAUAAAAAUAAAUAGAUCAGAUUUUCAGCUUUAAAACAGUAACCAAUGAUUCUGUCACAGCGAUUACACUCUAUAACUUACAGGAAGUAGCCAAAAAGUACACAGUAAGGUGUAUCUAUAGAAAACUGUAAACUUGUUGACACAAAGGAGACUAGAGAGCUCUAGUUUCAAUUACGACCUGGUGACCUACAGCCAUAACGUGACUAUUUCAUGAGUGUUAACACUCAGUUACUUCAAAGUCAACAACAUUUUGUAACAGUCACAGAUUUUUAAUAAUUAAAACAUGAAAGAUGUUUGCUAAAGGAGCAUUCAUCACACACACACACAAAAUCCAUCUCCUUACUUAAAUUUAAUAACAACUUUUGGGGUUUGUGGGUGUUUUUAUCUGUGCCUCGUAGUUAAAACACUUUAAAACUGUUGAAUUGUACUUUGACCAAUGAAGUUACAGGGCUUCAGAAAAGUGUUAGCCCUCUAACAGAGUUUUUGCUUUUUUCCCCACUGUUAAAUGUUUUAAAUCAUCAAACAAAUGUUAUUAUCAGACAAAAAUACAGAAAGACCUUUCUAAAAGAUAAUUUCAUUCUAGAAAAGCUACCCAAACCAACCUGACCCUAUAUGAAAAUAAUUAAUCAAAUAGUUAAUCACAUUUUUUCUUCAUUUUCACAAGCCAAACUAAGUCCUGCUGUCUGGCAGACUUGUAAAACACAAGAAAUUACCUAAAUAGAACCUGUCUGAAAACAUGAAGUAGGCAAAAAAUCUCAAAAAGCCACACAUUAUGCAUGUUCCGAAGAAAUUUAGGAAUAGAUGAGAAACAAGGUCAUUGACAUCUAUCGGACUGGAAAGGGUUACAAAGCCAUUUCUAAAGGUUUGGGACUCCAGGAAACCCCAGUGGAACCAUUAUCCACAAAUGGAUAAAAGAUGCACCUGAUGUGAACCUUCCGAGGAGUAGCCGGUCUAGCAUAAUUACUCUUAGUUACUGGAUGACUCAUCCAGGCGGUCUCAGUAGAACACAGAACCACAUCUAAAGCACGUUAGACCUCACUAAGCAGCAAUUAAGAUCAGCAGUCAUGAUACAAGAGGAAAGAUUCGGCGCAAAAUUGCCCCCAUUUCCAAGGUGAAAACCACUGCUGACAAAAAAUACCCAACAGUCUCAUAUUUCACAAAAACACAUCGAUGAUUCCUAAGACCUGUGGAAUGACAAGCAAAAAAUGAAACAUUUUAGAAGAAUUUCGUGACAUCUGGCAUAAAACAAACACAUUUCAGAAAAAGAACACCAUACUGACAGUGAAAUAUGGUGGUGGUAGUGUGAUGGUCUGGAGCUACUUUGCUGCUUAAGGACUAUUUAUGCUUUGAAAAAAAAUAUUCCAAUCUAGCCGAAUUAAAACAAUUGUGCACAAAGGAGUGAACCAAAAUUCAUCCACAGGGAUUUAAGAGACUAAUUGCUAGUUGUUAGACACGCAUAGUCAUUAGUUUAUAUUUGGGGUACAAUUACUUUUUCACAUAAUAAAUGAAAUCAUUAUUUAAAAACUGUAUUUUGUAUUUACCCAGGUUAAACUUUGACUUUGUUUGAGGAUCUGAAACCUUUAAGGGUGACAAAAUAGAAACAACAGAAGAAAUCUGUUAGGGUGGUGGUUACUGUUCAAAGCACAGUACUACGUCUUUCUCACCUACGGUUGUAAGCAGACAUUGAUGAUUUAUAAAACAUGCAGUCAAAGUUCUGAGAAAAUUGGAGCUAUUGACAAGUUUACACUGAGAUGACUGAACUAUAAUGCUGAAAAAAUUCAAGCAAUUUAAAAUGCUCACACCCCCCUCCAUGAAACUCUAUCCAGUAGUCCCUGGUAAGUGAAAAAGUACUAGCUCCUUAUCCGGGGUCACCUUCUGCUAAUCUGUUUUCACCCUGGGAGAUGCAAACAGAAGGAGCUAAAGAAUGGCCUCUAAAAACUACCCUGGUUCCUGGAAAAGGUUCCUGCAGGUAAAACAGUCUUGAAGUAAGUGCUCUGACCAUUGCUGGGUGCCAGUUGUUGGACUAUUUUUGCUCAUUAGCUCAGUUAAGUACUUUGGUAUUGGUGAAGUGUUUUAAGGUUCAACACUGUAGGUUGUAAGACAUCAAACCUUCUCUGCUUAGUACUGCACCCGCGUCUUCAUUUGCGCUCUGCUGCUCAUUGUAGCUCACCCAAGGGGGGCUGCUGGGGCCGCACAGAAAUACAAACAGAGCUCUAACAAAGAGGUGCGAGUGGAUGUGUGGACCACAGGCUGGAGGGAGGAAACGCUCACUCCGCUGCUCCGCUCGCCCCCCCAGUUCACAGGCAUACCAAAUAUGGCAGCUGCGGCAGAAUACAAACUACGCAGAGCAGCUUUCCAAAGUGACAGCUCGAGAAAUUCAAAUAAAUGAAGGAGGGGAUUGGAGAAGAUUUAAAUGGAUUAUUCAUAUGUACACCAUAGCUGGAACAUCUGUGCUUUAAAAUCAUACUGAACUGUCAGCACAGUCUUCCCCAUGUCACAAGGGAGGACAGAUCUUUUUUUUCUUUUUUAAACUCUACACAAUCCGCUUCCUGCAGCUUUUCACCCAGCGAGAACCACUUAUCUGAAAAGAACAAAGAGGCAAAGAGAAGAAAUAAAGCAGCAAAGAGGAAGUAGAGUGUGGGAAGGCCCAGCUCCUCUCACCUUUGAUAUAAGAGAUGAUUGUAUGGUGGAGGGUUGAAUCACAGAGGCAGAGAGUGGUUGGCUCUGUGAUGAGAGGUAGGAAGUGUGGAUGGAAAUGUUAACUGGAAGUAACAGUUAGUUAUAGCAAACAGACGUCUCUCCUAAAAGGCUCCAGCCUGGCAUCUUCUGUGGCCAGCAGGAAGUAGAAUGUUCUGGGCCUGCUUGUCACACUUUGGUUGGCUCAAAUGGUUACAUUUUCCAUCCUUGAACUAAUUGUAACAAAAAGUAUUGUAUCAAAUUUAGCUUGAAUCUGUUUAUUUUAUAGCAAUUACACAAAAACACACAAUACAUAACACUUGUUUAGAGUCAUAAAGGUUACAUGACCUUAUGAAAAAAGACAACUGACAGUUUUGGAUAAAUAUCUACUAAAGGAAAUUUGUUGUCAUUUUUAAAGACCAGCCAUUUUAUUUCUAUUUUUAGGUUUAAAAAUUAAGAAAAACAUAAAACUUUUGCAAAAACAUGAUGGAUACAUUUUCUUCUAUGGGACGUUGAUAUUUGAGGAAAAUAUGUAUAAAAGAAACAGCACCUAGUUUCCAACCUAACAAGAAAAUUAGAUUACUAUAGCUACCUGCACUGUCAUUCUAGUGUGAAAGAAUUUAAUGCAAUUAUUUAUCAAAUUAAACAAUAAAACUGUUAAAACCUGCAUUUGGUAUUAUAUCUGCAUUUAAAGCAUUAAUUGGUUCUUUAAAGUAGUUUUAUAAAGUAAUUGCGGAAGGUCCAAAGAGCCCCUUGCGGCUCCGUAGACGCAUGUUGCUGAUCCCUGGUAUUGACUCAAUAGAUUCAAUGACAUAAAGACCAAUAUCAAACUAAAACUAAAGCAAGAUAAGUUUAUGAUGUCAAGAAGUCAGAAGUUAUCUAUACAAGGAGGCCCGGGGAUCUUUCCUCUGGAGAAAGCAUGCAGCAGUACUAGAAUGCAAAGUGCAUCAGGACAUUGACUUUGCAGCAAUUCUUUAUACUGGACAAAUAUGUGGGGACAGUGGAAAGAAAUCGAUUCCUUUUUACAAAGAAACUGCCAGAACCGGACUCAGGUGAGCAGCUAUCUGACACUAUAAGUUGGGGGUUUGAAGAGACAGAAAGCAAAGACAGAAGAAACUAUAUACUCGUCCAAGAGAAUUUUCUACAGGUAACAAAAUUAGCAGCACUCAACACUCUGUGCCAAGCAAGUGUUGGUUGUGUUUGGUGUUGGUUUUCUCUCUACUUGUCUAUUGACUUUCAUUUAAAAAGUGACAAAAUAAAUGUUUUUUAGGUUUUCAGAGAGACAUUAAUAAUUUGAGAAAUUGAUACCACCCAAUGGGCUUUGUAUUUAUAACAUGAAUUUAAACCAGUGCUAAAAUGAUUAAUUAUCUUAAAUUAUUGUACAAUUGUUGCUCAGGAGAAACAAUUUGGCUUUAAUAACAUUGAAGCAGAUAUGUAUCCUCAGAACUGCUGAGAAGCUCAUGGGAGUUUGGUUGUUUGGUCCACUUGUGUUUUGUGGGUCUUAAGAAGACUUAAACAGUAUUCGCCAUGGCAUUUUGUCAGGCAUGGUUUGGGAUCCUGUUUUUGGCGUUCAUGGAUGGGAUCUCCAGAUGUGGGUGUUAGGAAUCUGGUUUGGGAACCUUAGGGUCUCAUCUUUACCUUUUGCAAAUUCUGUUGGUUUCUCUAAGCUUGCACUAGAGUAAUUUACAACCAACUGAGAUGAGAGUCAGCUCCUCUAACUGUGAGGCCAUUGUUCUCAACCAGAUGAAGGUGCGCUCCUCACUCCAGUUGGGGGUUUGUGUCUGACUAAAAAAAGGAGGACUUCAAGUAGAGGUACAGAGGGUCUUGUUUACAAGUAAUAGUAGGAUGGAUGGGAAAAUGAUGGACAGAUUGAGGCUUUUUCUGCAUGAAUGCAGGUGCUGCUCUGGUCUGAUGUGCUGAAGAAAGAGCUGAGCCAAAAAGCUAAGCCUGUCUGUCUAUUAGUAAAACCUUCACUUAUGUGAUAUGAUCAUGACCGAAAGAAUGAUAUCGCGAAUACAGUCAGCUGAAAUGAGCUCCUUCCAAAGGGUGGCUGGACUCAGCCUUAAGAGUUCCAACAUUUAGAAGAAACUCAGAGUAGAGACGCUGCCCCCUGUAGUGAAACGAGUCAGUUGAGAUGGUUUUCCAGGCCUUACCCAAUGAAAGGGCAGACCGAGAACUCGUUGGAGGGACUAUAUAUCUGUUUUGGUCUGGGAACCCCUUGGGAUCCCCCAGAAUGAACUUUAGUGUUACAGGAAAGAGGGACACGUGGGUUUCCCUUCUGGAUCUGUUAGCCCCACGACCUGAUCUCAGAUUAGUGGAGGACAACAAUUGGAUGGAUUAUAGGAACUGUGAAAUGUGAAAUGAAGGAAUUUUCCGUACUUUAAACCAAUGUUGAUGCAUAUUUAACACAUACAGAGUCAUUUUGGAAGCACUUUGAUGCCAUCUGGUGGCGGGGCUAUGCCCAAAUAUGGCUAAUUUGGCAAGUUUGUAAUAAAGAUGUUAAGUGUCUGAUUAAAUACCUUUAACUUGCUGGUGAGAAAGUGAUUGAAAUCAAUGCUUUUAUCUUCAUCUCCUUGAAAAGGUGUCUUAUUUUUAAAUGGCUGACACAUGAAAAUUGCAAGAUACAUCCGAACCUCAAAAUUUUGUUGGUUCCACAAAAUGACCACUGCUAAAUAGAGCGACUGUUAGGUCAAAGUGUGACAGCAACAGAAUUUUUCCGGUCCCUAAAAUGUGGCAGUAACAAGCAAUGUAACAAUCAGUCCUGGUCUACCCUACCAGCAUCACGGUCAUCACAGAGUUUUCUUUCCUUUUUCCAUCCUGGCAGAGCAAGGAAGUUAAAGAGGAUGCCCUCAUGAGAACAGGUCAGGCUGGCUAACCUAAGGGACGUUAAGGGGCUGCUGUCAAGCUGGACAAACCAAAGCAUUGCAUGAACUUUCACAUAGGGGUCAAAUCCCAGAGAACAUCUUUUCAGAGAUAUGCUAUUUUCUGCUGUUGGUUUUAUUUUGUGUUUGAUUUCCUAUCAGACUGUGAGGAUCUGGGGAUAUCUGUGUUGUAUUCUUACUCACUGGAGCUGAGCCUGAGCCUCAGACGUGAAGGACUAAGACGCCUUAUUUUUCAUGUCUCCCACUUUGACCGUGAAGAGCAGCGAUUAACUCCCCGACGUGUGUACCAUGAAACAGUUUCCUAGAUGUUAUGUUCUGGGUGCAGACUUGUGAGCAAAUGUAAUAUUUUUACCUCAAUUGUAAAUAGAGAGAGAGAUUAUCGCUUUUUGUCGAGAAAAGCACCAUAUGCUAACGAUGUGAAGAGUCAAAAGAAAAAGAAUAAAACUGAACAUAUUUUCUAUCAAUAUGAUGGUGAUGAGCUUUUAACAGUUGUAUAAGUGUUUUGUAUUUGCUUUGAUUUCCUUUUCUCAAUAAAUCCAUUUAUUUGCACCAGA